ACCUAUUGUUACCAAGCAUUUUGGUGCCUACAGAUGUACUAAUUGCAACCAGUUUUGGACAAACUUGGUUAUUCAAUCACGUGAGUACCUAUAGCAACCAGGGAGGAAAUUGAAAAAAAAGCCAAAUCGGCUCAGUCCAUGGCAUUCAUCCAUCCCCACGCUCGAAGCAAACAGAGGCGAGGCAGAGGCGAGGUAGCGGCGGCCGACGGCAAGGGGGCGGCGGAAGGCGGAGGGCGUGUUCCUUGCGGCGGCGGUGGCAGCGCGGCUGCGUGGGGGAGGGGAAGCAGCAGCGGCCGCGGUAGCAGAGGGGCGCCCGCCGCGUGGUCAACAUACCUAGGCUGCUGCAACAUACGCCUAGGGUUCCUCGUUCCCCAACCCCAACCAGCUCUGAACCAACCGACGCUCCAAGCUCGCCAGAUCUCGCUCUCACCAUCAAGACCAGCAAAGGCUACAACCCG